AUGAAGGCCCAACUGAUUGGUAUUGCGCUCGCGGCCGCGUCCGCGCAAGCUGCCACGUGCAGCACCGUGCUCUCUAACACGGACUACGUUGGCAACGAUAUCUCGACGACGACGCAGACCAACCAUGCGGCGUGCUGCGAUGACUGCAACAAGACGCUCGGGUGCUCGCACUACGUCUGGAACAGCUACACGAGCACGUGCAUUCUCAAGGGCGGCGUGCCGGGUGCGCCGGUCAAGGUGGACGGCGCGUUCGCUGCGACGCUCCAGGCCGGUCCCAGCGACGCUCAGUGCAGCGCGGUCAAGAAGGACACCGACUACUUUGGCAACGACCUCGCGACAACGAGCCGCACCAACCACGAUGCGUGCUGCGCCGACUGCGCCAAGGCCAAGGGCUGCACGCACUACGUCUGGAACAGCAUGACCAACACGUGCAUCCUCAAGGGUGGCACCCCGAACGAGGGCGGCGCGCCCGUGCCCGGCGCAUAUGCGGCCAAGCUCGCCAACGCGACGCCGGUGCCGACGACUCCGUUUGUGCCGGUGCCGGGUGGUGACCAGUGCGCGCUCGUCGAGCGUGAUACCGACUACAUGGGCAACGACUUGACGAGCACGAGCCGCACCAAGUUUACCGACUGCUGCGCCGACUGCGCCAAGACCAAGGACUGCACGCACUACGUCUGGAACAGCUUCACCAACACGUGCAUCCUCAAGGGCGGCAAGGGCGAGCCGUCCUCGUUCGUUGGUGCCUACGCGGCCAAGCUCACGGUCAAGCCGUCGCCGUCGCCGUCGCCUUCGCCAUCUCCGUCGCAGUCGCCAUCUCCGUCGCCCUCUCCGUCGCCGUCGCCGAGCGCGACGUGCGGUGACCGCGUCCGCCGGUCGUGGCGCAUGCACUCGCAGCCCGAGAAGGACCUGUACCUCAAGGCGAUCACAAUGGCCACGAACAACGGCAACCACCAGAUGUUCGUGCGCAUGCACAAGAACGGCAUGACGUUUGGCGAGGCGCACGGGUCGACGUGUGCGUUCCUCUUCUGGCACCGCCGCUUCCUCCUCGGCUACGAAGAGAUGCUGCGGUCGCUUUCGCCCGAGUUCAAGUGCCUCACGCUGCCGUACAUUGACUACGUCCAAGACUCGGUGUCGUUCCGCAACAAGAAGUGCAACUCGGUGCUCAGUUGCUCGAACGCCGCCAACGACAUUUACUACCUCAAGACCAAGAACCCGAUCCAGCGCGGCAACUGGAACACGGUCAAGUACGACGACCGGUUCGGCAUGGAGGCCAUCAAGCGCCUCAUCAUGCCCGCGGGCAAGUACCCGGACUUGACGACGAUCUCGGCGGCCAUCGAGACCAACGUGCACAACAUCUUCCACGCGAUCCUCGGCGGCGACAUGAUGUACGCCAACUCGAACAACGACCCGAUCUUCUACUUCCACCACGCGAUGAUCGACCUUCUGCAUACGAUCUACCGCGAGUGCCGCCUCAAGGACGUGCCGGCCAGCGACAAGCGCAACUUUGUGCAGUGCAACGUCAAGUACAACGGCGGCAUGCACAUGGUGCAGGGCAACUCGAAGCCCCAUAUGCUCCAGGAGGGCAAGACCAUGGACGUGGAUGCGGACUCGGCGACCGCCCGCUGGUUCAAGGACAUCCCCAACACGUACUUGGAGCUCACGGACGCGUCCAAGCUCGGCAAGUUUAGCUACCGCUACGAGCUCAACGGUUUCCUCGUCGACAUGAACAACCAGUGCGACCGUGUCUCGACGACCAAGCAAGAUCUGCGCGAGAGCGGCCAGAUCAUGACGCGUGACAGCGCCGAGCCUGACAACGACAAGGAGCGCGAGUGGCGCGCGGCCGUGUACGCGCAAGGCAAGCGCGACAACCUCGACGACCCGACGAUCGAAGACGAGAUGGAGAAGAUCAUGGUCAUGAUGUACGAAAACUGCUUCCCCGGCGGCACCGUCGAGGACUUUACGCCCGAGUUCAAGGCCACGUGGGGCAUCACCGAGCCGAAGCGGUCGUGGACGCUCCUCCAAGGCAUCAAGAACGGCACCAACCCGAUCAAGAUCUCCAAGUGGACCGAGAUCGACACGACGUACUACGGCUGCGCUGGUGACAAGAAGACGUAUUAA